AUGUCCAACCAACAUCACCACCUCACACCCGACGGACAAGCCGUAUCUGCGCCUCGAGCGGAAUAUGGAGUAGCGCUUCCGGACCCGCCCGCCGUCGAAGAGCCGCCCUCUUCGCAGCCGACGAGCGACCAUUCGGGAAGAGGCGGGGCAGGCGGAGGGGGCAACGCCAGCAUGGCGGGGGAACAGCUCACGCUUGCGGAGCGCUGGGCACUCGACGCCUCGGACUCGCAGUUCAAUGCGCUGGCGGGCGCGGUGGGAGGGUUCAUGUCUGGAGUCGUGACUUGCCCGCUGGAUGUUAUCAAGACGAAGCUGCAGGCUCAGGGAGGAAUAUUGGCGAUGCAAAAGAACAGCCCACAUACCGGACACCAGAGAGUAGUCUACAAGGGCCUGUUUGGCACGGCUAACAUUAUCUGGAGGGAGGAGGGAAUCAGGGGGAUGUACAGGGGCUUGGGACCGAUCAUUAUGGGGUAUCUGCCAACAUGGGCGGUAUGGUUUACGGUUUACAACAAGAGCAAGAUUUAUCUGUCACAAUAUCAUGACAGACCAUUUGUCGUCAACUUCUGGUCAUCCAUCAUAGCAGGAGCCAGCAGCACGAUUGCUACGAACCCAAUCUGGGUGAUCAAGACACGACUAAUGUCACAGACGACUGGCCAUGACCGGACACGAUUUUCGCUGUAUCCUAAGGGGAGCAACACGCCAACUUCGCGCCCUACGCUCCAUCAGCCAUGGCACUACCGAUCGACACUUGACGCUGCGCGCAAGAUGUACACCACAGAGGGUAUUCUCUCGUUUUAUUCCGGCCUCACUCCCGCCCUUCUCGGUCUCACCCACGUAGCGGUCCAAUUCCCCGUGUACGAAUAUUUGAAGACCAAAUUUACUGGCACGUCCAUGGGUGCUGCCCCAGUAGCCGGCCAGGAAGACAAAUCGCACUGGUUUGGGAUCUUGUCGGCGUCGAUUCUGAGCAAGAUCAUGGCCAGCAGCGCUACCUAUCCCCACGAGGUCAUCCGAACAAGAUUGCAGACUCAGCGAAGACCCAUGCCGGGGCAUGAAUACAUGCAGGGUCUCGGAGUGACUGAGCCAUCUGCUUCCGGUCAGAACAAGCCAGCGGUUAGCAGCGGUCCGAGAUAUAGGGGCAUCGUGACCACUUUCCGCACUAUUUUGAGGGAGGAGGGUUGGAUGGCUUUCUACGCGGGCAUGGGGACCAACAUGAUGAGGGCUGUCCCGGCGGCCACGGUUACGAUGCUUACGUAUGAGUAUGCGAUGAGGCGGAUGAACGGGCUGAGGGAGAGAGGGAGGCAGAAGCUGGAGGGUGGUGGCAGCGUGGAGAGGAGAGAGAUUUUGGAUUCAUAA